AUGGUCUACGCGGAACUCAUGGACUUCCAGAACCCAGUGUUUGACAUCCGGCUAGUAGGCAGGGACAUGGCCGCUAGUGUCACUGAGAGCCGAGAUCCUUACUACGUUGAUCCCACCAUCGUCGGUAAAGAGGCGGCACUAGAGAUUCUACAACUUCGUUACCGACGUAGCCGCUUUGACAUCCACCACGACGCUCUCAUAGAAAAGGUUCUCAAUCAAGAUGCAUGGAGGCAGGACAUCCAACCGAAACGCUGGCUCUCCACGAGUCACAUCCACUUGCCAGAGGACAUUUAUCAGGUUGAAGAGCGUAGAACUCUACUCCGUCAACGCUUCGACCUACUGCAGCAACUCACCAACACCCGAGCACGUAUCGAAGUGAUAUUCCCUAACAAAGAACGAUACUGGCAUCUCCAGAUUGGUCGUAUGCGUAAAAGAUAUCAAGAUCCACUUCCCACCGACCAGACCAUACGCCAAGCCAUGUUAGCUACCACUGAACGACUAUCAGCCUCGAAUGUUGGGACCGAUAUCGAUGCCGCUGUUCAUAACAAGAACGUUCAUAUCAUCAUGGAGGCCAUAUUCCCGAGCCUGACGGCCUUGAAGGCUCGAGGCCACCAGAUUCACUUGGACGAUAGGAUUAGCGGGUGGGCAUGGAUGGCGGGGGAGGGAAGCGCCACAUUCGCUGAUGCCUGGACUAAUCGAAGGCAGUUUCGUAAGGCGGAAGUCCGCGAGUAUAUGAGGCUGUCUCUGUAUCAGAUGUACUCUUCGGGACGUAAUCAGGAUGCUGGGGAGAAGGCGGAGAUGAGGGCGGAGGGUUAG